AUGUCGGCGUACUCCCCUGUCUGUUUGGCUCUGCUGUCCCUCCUCCUCGCUCCAGCACUUGGCCAGCUCGACCUCAACCGCUUGGAUGGUGAUACCGUCUGCCCACCAAUGAGAAGCGGACAAGAUGACCUUCCAGGUUUUGAUCUGAUAACCCAGUUCCAGCUGGACGUGGUCCCUCUGAAAGGUGUGAGGAAGGUGGACGGGUCCACUGCUCUCCAGGUGGCCUAUCGCCUCGACAGGGAGGCCAACUUCCAAAUUCCAACCAUGCUGAACUUUCCUCGUGGUUUCCCUGAUGAGUACUCCUUCAUGGUUACCUUCCGCAUGAUCAAAAACACAGUGAAUAAGGUGUGGAACGUCUGGCAAGUAGUGGAUGAAGACGGCAACAAACAAGCCGGACUGAGGCUGAAUGGUGACCAGCAGGCCCUGGAAUACUUCCUAAUGGGUGCUGAUGGCAACCUGCAGACCGUCACCUUCCCUGGCCUUUCUGUGCUCUUCAACACCAAGUGGCACAAAGUGAUGAUUGGGGUGGAGCGUGACCAGGUCACUCUCUAUGUGGACUGCCAGCCUGUGGAUAAGAAACCCAUCAAAGGAAAAGGCCCUAUCAACACAGAGGGAGACACUCUCAUCGGCAGGUUGGAUGCUGAUCCCGACGCCUCUGUAGUGUUUGAACUCCAGUGGAUGUUGAUUCACUGUGAUCCAAAGAGAGCCCAGAGAGAAAGCUGCAACGAGCUGCCUGCCACCGAGAUGUAUGCCAAUGCUGAGCCUGACAAAUCACUCCAAGGCCCCCCAGGACCCCCUGGCCCAGAAGGCCCUCGAGGCCCUUCAGGAGAAAAUGGCAGGGAUGGAAGAGAUGGUCUUCCAGGUUCUCCUGGCAGCCCAGGCACUCCUGGCAGCAAAGGGGAGCAGGGAGAGAUCGGUCUUCCCGGACAGAGAGGACUGCCUGGCCUUCCAGGAUCUGUGGGUGCAUCAGGUCCUAUGGGUCCAAGAGGGCCUGUUGGAGAGAGAGGACUUCCUGGCUUUCCAGGACCUCCAGGUCCUCCGGGCCCAGCAAGUGAAGGACCAGCAGGACCACCAGGGAAACCAGGAAUCCCAGGAGAUGAAGGAAACAUUGGGCCUGAGGGACCACCAGGACCUAGAGGAACACCUGGCACUGCAGGGCUUCCUGGCCCUCCUGGUCCACCAGGGCCUGUGGGACCGCCUGGUGCCAGCAAUGAGGGAAGUGGGGAACCUUGUCCUGCUUCCUGUCCUGCUGGACCCCGGGGGUUGAAUGGGCUACCAGGGAUGAAGGGGCACAAAGGUGAAGAUGGGGUGCCUGGAAAGGAUGGAAUAAAUGGAGAGAAGGGAGAUACUGGAGAACCAGGACCUCAGGGGCCUCCAGGUCGCAUGGGAGAUGAUGGGCAAAGAGGGCCUAUUGGAUUCCCUGGAACUCCUGGAGAAAAAGGAGACAAAGGUCCACCUGGAUUCAACGGCAUCCCAGGACCAACUGGCCCACCUGGAGCUCCUGGUGUGGAGGGAAUCCGUGGACGUCCAGGUUUGGAGGGGCCUAAAGGUGAAGAUGGAGCUGUGGGACCCCAAGGAGAGCAGGGUCCUCAAGGGGAGAAGGGAGAGACUGGAGAGCCUGGAACAGAUGGCUUAGAUGGUCUUCCUGGAGCUGAUGGAGCCAAGGGUGAGGCUGGUACUCCUGGAGCUGUUGGUGUCAGGGGGAUUGUGGGUAUUCCUGGGCUGCCAGGGAAGCAGGGAGUAGUUGGACCCCCUGGUGCAAAGGGCGAUACUGGAGCUGAGGGCCCCAUCGGUCCAGUAGGACUUCCUGGAAAGACUGGUGAGCCUGGUGUAGAUGGAGAAGAUGGGAAACCAGGAGAAAAAGGAUCAACUGGUGAGACAGGAAAACAAGGACCUGUGGGGCCUGCAGGUCCUCCAGGCAUACAGGGGGAUAAAGGAGACAAAGGUGAGACUGGUGCCCAAGGAAUGAAGGGUCACACUGGACACAAAGGUGAUCAGGGGCCUAUGGGACCAGAGGGACAAAAAGGAAGCCAGGGUGACCCAGGUAUAGCAGGAGAUAUCGGCGACAAGGGAGACCAAGGCCCUCCUGGUGUUCCUGGAAUCAAAGGAGAGCGAGGUGAAAAGGGCACGAGAGGAGCUACAGGAGAUGCAGGCAUGCCAGGACAGCCCGGACAUGAAGGUUUGGCUGGUCCAAUAGGAGCUCGGGGGCUGGAGGGAGAACCAGGCGUUCCAGGACCACCAGGCCCCAGGGGUCUACCUGGACCAAAAGUCAGUGAUGAGAAGCUUCGGGAGAUGUGCUCAGCUGUGGUUGAAGAACAAUUAGCAGAGUUUAUGAAAGAGUUACUGAAGAGGCCUGCAGCCAUUGGUGCUCCUGGUACUCCUGGACCUGCAGGACCUCCUGGCCCCCCUGGAGUGGCUGGAGCGGCAGGAGCAGCAGGAGCCCCAGGUCCAGCAGGUCCCAAAGGCCAUCCUGGCUUCUUUGGACUCCCGGGCGCACCGGGCAAGAAGGGUGAUGCUGGAGAGAAGGGAGAAAAAGGAGCCAAAGGAGAGGACGGGGUAGGAAUCAAAGGGAGUCCAGGCGCCCCAGGUGCACCAGGUGCCCCAGGUGCUCCUGGCAUCGGCAAGGAUGGCAAAAAUGGAGAACGGGGAGAGACAGGAAGUCCUGGUGCCCCAGGAGCAGCCGGUCCAAGGGGUCCUUCAGGGCCACCAGGCCUUUGUGAUCCAUCAACCUGCAUUAACAGACUUCCACCUCUCUAUAUGGUCAGCGGAAAGAAGUCUGCUGGCUACAAAAACUAA